ACGUCGGAUGAAGAUGCAGGUGGCGGUGAUUGGCGCAGGAGCCUCCGGGCUGGCGGCGGCCAGGCACCUGCUGGAGUCUCCACGGGGUCACAGCGUCACCGUCUUCGAGCGAGGCGACCAGCUGGGUGGCACGUGGGUCUUCACGGAAAAGACGGGACUCGACGUGGACGGACGGCCGGUCCACAGCAGCAUGUACCGCAGCCUCGAGACGAAUCUGCCCAAGGAGGUAAUGGCAUUUCCAGAUUACGCUUUUCCUGAGGGCGAACAAUCCUAUCUGCCGGCUGGCGAGGUACUAAAAUACCUCAACGCAUACGCAGACCACUUUGGACUUCGUCGUUGCAUUAAGUUCCGGCAGCACGUGGAACGAGUGCAACCACGUGGCUCUGUAUGGGAAGUGUCAGCUACAAAUGUGGAUACAGCUGAAGUCACAACUUACCAUUUUGACUCUGUUAUGGUGUGCAGUGGACACUACUGGAAGGAGAAGAGGCCACAGCUGAGGGGUUCGCGCGAGUUCCGUGGCCGGCAGAGCCACGCCCACAACUACCGGCACCCAGACGCCUACAGGGGGCGGCGAGUGCUCCUCAUCGGCUCCGGGCCUUCUGGCAUGGACCUAGCGCUGGAAGUCGCAUCUGUCGCUCAGCAGGUCAUUCUUAGUCAUCAUCUUGAUAAGUCCAUUGGUCAUUUGUUUCCAUCGAACGUGAUUGAAAAGCCAGAUGUGACAUCAAUCACAGAGACGGGUGCUAACUUCAGAGAUGGUACAUUCUGUGAGGUGGACGACAUUUGUUACUGUACAGGCUACAGCUACUCGUUCCCGUUCCUGACGCCGGACUGCGGCGUCCAGGUGGAGGCGGACGAGGUGCACCCGCUGCUGAUGCACGUGGUCAGUGUGGAGCGACCCACGCUGGCCUUCAUCGGCCUGCCCUUCAUCGUCUGCCCGUUCGCUCUCUUCGACCUGCAGUCGCGGUUCUUCGUUGCCGUGCUGGACGGUCGCUGCAGCCUGCCCGACACCGACACUAUGCGACGCGACGCCGAAGCGGAGAGGCGUCGGCGCCGAGACGAGGGCAUACGGCCACACUACCUGGGGCAGGAGCAGGUGCCCUACCUCAACCGGCUGGCAGACCUGGCUGGGGCGCAGCGCCUGCCGCCGGUGGUUUUUAAGCUCUUCGAGACCGUCGCCUACCGGCUGUACGAUGACCUGGCCAACUACCGCCGUCAUAAUUUCCGCAUAGUAGACAGUGAAACUUUCCAAGAGAUUGCUUGAUUACAAGCGCCUGUAGGUUUUCUUAGAUAUUAGUUUAUUCUUUACAUGUCAUGAAAGCUGUAACAGUCUGGCAAUGUACCUGAUGCUAACUGAAUUCAAAAACACAAGUGGAGGUAGACGUGUAUAAUCGUUGAAGUAGUAUGCCUCCAAGUAAAAGUUAUCAGUUCGCACAAAUUUACGUUUUGAAAACGAUGCGAGGAAGAUUGCUCGUUAGGAAAUAAGUAUAUCUAGAUGAUAAACUUGAAGCAGUAAAUUUCGAGAACUUGAAAAGGCGCAUUUUGUUCAAUGAAACUCGAUCGGUGGAAUACCAAAUGGAGAUACGAAUCUUCUUCUUCUUCUUCUUCUUCUUCUUCUUGCGCUACGGCCUCUGUAAGACCACGGAUAGCCUCUUCGUGGAGUGCAUUUUCCUCUUUGUCUCCCAGAACCUCUUCAUUGUUUCUCUUCUUCUCUCCCGCUCUUCUUCAGAUAUCUUCAGCGUCCUUUUCUCCUGUCGGCUCCACUGGUGACGCUCGAAUCUUUUCCCGUAUUCUUCUCUGUCGUUGAUCUCCGGCAUAUUGGUCGGUGUAUAUUUGUUCCUCCUAUUUUCCUUUCCUUCGGCCUUGAUUCCCAGUUCCAUGCAGUCCUUCCGAAGUUCAACAACCCACAUGGUUCCUAUCUUUCCCCUUGUCCUCCCUGUUGUUUCCCACUCUCUCUUCUUCAUUCUGUCCAUACUCAUCCUAACUACAUGUCCAGCAAACUUUGCCCUUUUGAGUCUUAUUUCCCCAUAUAUUGUUCUCAUAUUCCGGUACAACUCUUCCCUAGGUCUUCGCAACCACCUCUUUUGGGACCCAGUAUUUUUCUCUCUUCUUUCUCUAGUUCUUCUGCCCCAUUUCUUCCUAGUGUCAUCGUGUCAGCAGCAUAUAAUGCUGCAUUCCUCACCGUUGCCUUGCAAUGGCUUAUCUUUGCCUCUGUUGGUAUCUUCUUUUUAUUGUAUAUCUCUCUCGUCAUACAGAAGGCCGACUUCAUCUUCUUUAUCCUAUGUGUUAUUCCCUCCUUGCUCCUGUUCCUUCCUGUUAUAAAUUCACCCAGGUAUUUAAAUUUUUCCACCAUUUGCACAGUGCCGUCCAGUGUUUACCAGUCUGCAGUGGUAUUUAAUGUCUUUGUCUUGUUAUAGGCGAUCCUCAGGCCCAUCUUUCUGGCUACCUUACUUAAGUUGUCGAGUUGUGUCUUUGCGUCUUUUUCCGUCUCACUUACUAUUGCUAUGUCGUCUGCAAAGGCUAGGCAAUCCACUUGAACCCUGUUGUCCUUUUUGUCCCCCACAUGGGACUUUGGUAUUCCCAUUUCCUAGUUUAUUGCUCUCCACUGCCUGAUCACUUCAUCCAGUGCUGUAUUGAACAACAAUGGUGACAAUAUACAAGAUACGAAUAUAUAUAAUUAGUUCCUUUUGUAUAACCUCUCUCCAGGAAGUUAGGUGAAUGUGCCUAUACUGCGAAUUGAUUGUUAGCUUACCUGACGUAGAAGUUACACAACUUUGAAGUAAUCGCUGUCGACGGCAGUGCACUCCUGAGAAUGGCUGACUAAAGCCUGGAAAUUCUUGGCGAAGUUGUCUUCAGGAUACCUCUCAGUUGAUUGUUACUGUUAAACUGGAUAUAUCGCGCCCGGUGGUCAAGUCUGUGUUUGCCUGCCGUGGCGUGUGGACGUUCGCUGUGGCUAUGGGCAGCGGAGGGCUUGUAUACUACGGAGUGUCUUUUAUGCUGCAGGGAUGUCUCCACCAAACUCUAUCAUUCCUUCCUGGAGGAGCGAAACACUGAAAUUUAGUUGUGAUUGGCACACGGAAAAGCCUGUCUCCUCUCGCUAUUUGAAAAUUGAUGGACGGUCGCUCGAUGUGGUAUUCAGACUGAAAAUAAUAUAAAAUUUCUAUAUUCAAAAUGUAACAGUAACGCACGCCGUUCUUGGCUUCCGACCUGUCAGAGCCUGUAAUUUAUCAUCCGAAAUGUCGCUCGAUGAAAUCGCAGAAAUGCUUAGUUUAUACGGGAUAGUUUGCAGUAUCAGAGAAGAAGUCUGGUCUGAACGCUUUUGGCAUAUCAAGCUGCCUUCAUAUCUCAACGAUGUGAGGAGUCACCAUAAGCGGAACAUGCUUUGGAUUCCACUUAAAAGUGUAGGUCCCCUUUCCCCGACUGUUUAGCGACACAUAAGUAAACGAAGUGGCAUCCAAUUGAAAGAAUUUCAGCAGGUAUUUGAACCACACAAAUUAUUAUUGUUAAUAUUACUGUUAUUAUUAUGUUGUAUGCCUGAAAUGUUCAAACCUCUGGCUCUUCAGGACUGAUUUUAGUUUGGGGCACAAAAAAAAAUUCCAGGAUAGUCAAGUCUGUGUAGAGGGGUGUGUGUUUGACGCCAGUCCCCUGUUGGUCAGGAACAGCUAUAUCAGACAGGCUGUGUGUGGCCGAGUAUUAUCGUCGAGAAUGGUCCAGUCCUCUUGUUUGGUGUACUAGGGGCGCACUUGCUCGACCUGUCUCUCGUUCAUUUCCCACUUCCUCUGCUUUCAUUCGCAUUGUUACACCACUAUCCUGGGACAAAGGUUGUCUCAGUUUUUGUACGUUGUGCGGGGUGAUUGCAGCUGCAGGCCAGUCAAUACGGGUGCGUCUUCUAUAGUGUUUCGCCCUUUUCGGAAGCGUUUAAAUCACUCAUAAACACACUUAGCGUGACAGCACGUCCUUGGUAAACUGUUAUAAGCAUUCCAUGAGUCUCUUUCGCUGAUUUUCCAAGUAUGAAACAGAACAGCAUAUUCGUUCAGUGAUCCAUUUUGGGUUUCGACGGCCCAUAUCAUUCCUUUAUUCUACAAUGCGCUAGUUACACACGAGAAGGACUCUCACAGUGCCACCGCUCGACAACUUACUCAGAUAUGACCUGCCCAGGGCGGGAUUCGGCGGUGACGCAUUCUUAUGACCAUGAACAGCAUGACGUCACUGAUCAUAACUACUAGAUGGAGACUGCAUUUUGUCAUGUAUCAAAAACAGUACAUCGUAUUUAAAUGCAAGACUUCCAGGCUCCGUACCACCACAGUACACUAUUUCGAUUUUAUUGGGGAUAUCCAGCUUGAAAGCAGAUCUCAGAAGAGGCAAAGUAACUUCACUUCGGUACAGGGUGACUAAAUAAAAAGAAUAUGAUCGUGAUACACAUACCAUGAGAGUAUUUCAGCAUUUGUUUUCCAUAAAUGCAAAUAUUUUCCUUCUGGACAUCAAUUAAAACUGCAACUCAGAUUCUAGAGUGGCUCUGGUCAACUUAACCCACCAGCCAACAUGAAGAAGUAUUGAGAAAUGAAUGCGUACUUGGCAGUCAACAAUAACCCACAAGCUUACGGCUUACAUUCUCACAUGACUGUAAAAUAUAGUUGCAGACUUCGAUACGCAGGCUCCGUUCUCGGUAUCAGUCAGAAUUAUGAAAUUUUCCAUUUUCUGGUAAAUAUGUUGUCGCAUAUUGUUGAUUGUGGACUAUAAUGCUGGCUCAGUUCAGUAGCGAUCCAAAUUAUUGUUUUCUUUGCGAUAACGAUUUCGGAUUUAAAGUUCUAAAACCUCUUCUUUCGUAAAGCCCAAAAUUUUUGAAAUGUCUGAUGAGCCCACAUUUAAAACAGAGGAUUUUCCUGGGAUAUUACUGUUACGACGAGCCAUUUAUUUUUCAUUGUACUCUCAUACAGACUAUCUGAGAAGUAACUGGGAAGACAGUAAAAUAGAUCUCCACCGAAAACACAAUUUUUGCCGCGAAGACUAUGGAACGCUUGCAGCGAAAUGUGUUGCUAUAAAUUACUGGUGUGAGACGGGAAUAUCGUUAUUCAGUCGCUAUGACUUUCUUUAUAACAGCGCUUCUCUGUCGUCAGUAAAUGCCAUCUCGAAAAUUUUCUAUUAUAACUUAGUUCCAUCUUUUGUAGACAUAUUCACAUGCUUUCGUAGCAUACCAAUGUGUGAAAACCUUAGAUUUGAUAGGUUUAGGAGAACUGUUGAAUCGAGAAUUUUUCACAUUCACUGAGCUUUCGUAAACGUUCUGCUCACUAUGGUUACUCCCAGCUCAUUCGCUCACUAAAUUGAGUGUUCAUAUGCAGGUAUAUUUACGGCUAGUAUUUUACGUAUAUACGUUCUCAUUAUAUCGUCAGUGUUAUUCUAAUGCAGACAUGCAAUCAUAUAACUUCACAGCUCACACUGUCAUGUUCUAAUUUUAGUAAGUUAGGAAGGAGUAGCUCGGGAGAUACUAAGGCAUUUGAGAGAGUAGCAAAGCAUUUUGUGGCCGAAGUAGUACAUUGCAAACGCAAUACACGCAAUCCGCUUGCAUCAGAGACACGUCUAGGAGCAGGAGGGUGCUUCCUCGUGCUGCGAGAAGAGUGAAUUGGAUCAAAUAGCAUCCAUCUAUCAUACGCCACCCGAAAUAUGGAACCCAUCAAUCAAACAUCCUUAAAACUAGGUCGUGUCUGUAUCUGGAGAACGAUUACGUCCACGUUUCCCCAUCUGGAUUUGCUAUAAUAAGAUACUUAGAAAAUAUUUUUGCUGUUUCUGAAUAUCUGUGCAUUAGGUAACUCAUUUAUACUAUAGGAACGUCAACAUCUAUCGUAAAUGUUGAUGGGUAUUUUCUGCAAUAAUAAAUUCAGGGUCUGAAAUGCUCAACUCGCUAACUCAAACUAAUUUCCAUAGAGUGUGUCCAGGAUGGAUGACCUUAAUCUUGGGAGCCUUCUUAUAGUCCACAGCUAUUUCCUAGGAGCUCUGGAAAAAGUUUUGUAGAAAGAACUUCGUUUAAUAUGUAUGAAACUCACAAGCACCGUUGUCAACAGGAUUCUGUACGUGACGGUUUUCUGUUCAGAAUAAUCCUUUAAGAUAUUAGUCAUGCCACGCCACAUAAAUGUACUCAUGUUUUUAGAUUUAAAAGUGGUACUACGUUCAUAAAUAAAUAAAAAUCUGUUGAAUUUGUUUCUAUAUUUUACAUGUUUGGUAUCAUAAGUGUUUUUUUUUUCUAGAUUACAUUUUACUUUACAUAUUUUGAGUAUUUAUUUAUGUAACUUGUGCUUGAUUUGCGGACACCAAUGAAUAAUAUACAUUUAACUCGUUAAUCACUGUCAGAUACGAAGGCGUGCUCAUACUGAGUAAUGAGGGAGAUUCCCCAACAUACUCUCUAUGAGAGAACGAUUCAGCGAAGGAUGAAGAUUGUCGUAAAUAUCGUAU